CGACUUCCCAGUCAACCAUUAUAAAAUAUUCUCAAAAACUCACAGUUGGCCGUUGACUAGAUCUUCCAGUAUCUGUAUGAAUGAUUAUAUCUGUAUUUUAACCAUGAAAAUGGAUCGAGAUUUCCUCCGUUGGAUCCUUUAACAUCAACAAGGAACAGUUCUAAACGAACCCAGAACCAAAAAUUCAUGGCUUCCGAUCCCAAACCCAGUUUUAGUUUCCUCUUCUUCCUCCUACUUUCUGUACAGCCUCUCAUCUUCUGCCUAUCAACCGAUGCCCCAUCUCCGCCUACAGUCUGCAUCGUAGGCAGCGGCAUCGGCGGUUCCUCCGUCGCCCACUUCCUUCGCCACUACUUCCACCCCACUCCUUCCCAACCCAACCCUCCCAACAUCAUCAUCUUCGAGCGCAGGUCCGUCGUCGGUGGUCGCAUGGCCACUGUCCCCAUUGGCGGUGAAACUUUCGAGGCCGGUGCUUCGAUUCUUCACCCCAAGAACUACCACGCGGUUAACUACUCGAAGCUUCUUGGGUUGAAGGUCAAACCGCCUCCUGCCUCGGAGGAUGACGAUUCGAUGUCUCUUGGGUUCUGGGAUGGGAAGGAGUUCGUUUUCAAAUCCCUUGAAGUGGAUUCAAAGAUUCCAUGGGUGCAGAAGAUUGUUUCCUAUUAUAAUUCCUUGCGAUUGUUUGUUCGCUACCGCUUCUCUCUUCUAAAGAUGAGCAGCUUCGUCGAGAGUACUGUGGAUAGCUUCUUGAAGUACUAUGAAAGCCCUGAAACGAGACCUGUCUUUGAAACAGUGGAUGAGAUGCUUAAAUGGGCUGGUUUAUACAAUCUCACAACUCGAACUUUGCAAGAUGAACUCGUUCACCUCAAGAUAUCUCCAUUAAUGAUAGAUGAGCUUGUCACUGUCAUAACAAGAAUCAAUUAUGGUCAAAGUGUCUCUAUCAGUGGACUUGCUGGAGCAGUUUCAUUGGCAGGAUCUGGGGGAGGAUUAUGGGCCAUCGAAGGAGGGAACUAUCAGAUGGCUGCUGGACUAAUUAAGAGUUCUAACGUUUCUUUGCACCUUAAUGAAGAAAUUGAAUCCAUCUCUUAUCUUGGAGAAUAUUAUGAACUUAACUCCACAAAAGGAAAUAGUUAUUCGUGUAAUGUCACAGUGGUUGCUACACCCCUUGACGAAGUAAAUAUCCAAUUUACACCUUCGGUUUCGAUUCCUGCUAGGAAAUUGCAGCAUACACAUGCAACCUUUGUGAGAGGCAUCUUGAAUCCGGCCUAUUUUGGCCUGCGCUCUGUCGGUGAGAUUCCAGAACUGGUUGGCACAUUAGAGGAUCCCGACAUUCCAUUCUCGAGCAUUUCAGUUCUCAAGCAACAAGAUGAAAAUGAUAUAACUUACAAAGUAUUUUCUCGAGAGCCAAUGACAGAUGCAUUAUUGGGUAGCAUUUUUAGUGCAAGGCUGGAGACGGUUCGAAUAAACUGGGGAGCCUAUCCGCAUUAUAAAGCUCCAGAAGUAUUUGCACCGUAUAUUUUGGACGGACAACAUUUGUAUUAUGUAAACGCUUUCGAAAAUGCAGCUAGUACGAUGGAGACGAGUGCGGUUGCAGCUGAGAACAUAGCGAGGCUCAUAUUGUCGAGAUAUUUUAGUGAAGCACACCCGCAUUCAUCAAACUUGAAGAGCAAAAGUCCUGAUGCACACACAUUACACGCCGACUUGUAAACUUAUUGGUCUCUCAAUAAUGUGAAGCAAACCGUAGAACGUACAAACAGAAAGCAAUGCUUGCAUUGACUUGACACGAUAUCUAAGAAUGCUUUGGUAUUUGGUGGCA